AUGGAAGAAGACAUAGAAAAAGAAGAUUUAAACGAAUAUCCUGAGGAUAUAGAUGAUGAAGAUUUAGAUGAGGAUGAUACCAUUCAAGGAUACGUUAGGAGGUUAGCUAAUACAGAAAGUAUACCUCUAUCUCCUAUAGAUAUAAAUAUUGUCAGCACCGUGCAAAUUGAAACACCAAACCUAGAGUGGGUUAAUUUUGAUGUGCAGCCAAGAAAAAUGAAAAUAACAAAUUCGGGUCAUACUGGUAACAACCCCUGUCUUAACAAAAACGUGUGCAAAAUCAAUCCUACCAAAAACGACCUGAAAUACAGGGUGUAUAAUGCACGACACAUAGUGGUCCUAAUAUACUCAAAGUUUUUAGUAUUAGUAAGUGCCAAAUGGGAAGGAGAAAGGCCCUAUAUAGCCGGUGGCCCGUUAAGAGAUAACUAUGUAUUCUCCCAAUUGCAUUUUCAUUGGGGCACAAAUGAUAUGGAGGGUAGUGAACAUACUACCGACGGUAUGAAACAUCCUGCAGAGUUACACGUUGUGACUUACAAAAGUUGCUAUUCUACACAGGAAGCUGCACUAAAACACGUAGAUGGAAUUGUUAUUUUAGUUUACUUUAUACGAUUAAAGGGAGGUGAUCAUCCUUUAUUAUGGAAAAUAUUAGACAUCCUUCCAGAAAUUCAAAUUGCUAAUACUUCAUUUAAAAUCAAACCAUUUCCACUUGAGGAUAUAAUAACACCUUUUAAUGAUGAUUAUUUUGGAUACUGGGGUUCAGUUAUUACAACUGAAUAUUCGCAUUUUGUUUUAUGAGGUUCUUUCGAGGUUCCUUCGAUAUUUGGAAUAGAAAUGUUGGAAGAAUCCUGCUCAACUCGCUGCUCAACAUCAGACGGCGAGUGCUAG